UUUUUUAUAUUAAAAAUUCCAUUUUCUCUAUUUAGAAAUGAUCAUAUCCUCAAAAGUUCCAGAAUUUACUGAUUUUUACAAUAAUCUGAUUUCAUGCAGUGAAAAUGCAAUUGAUUAUGUGAAAGAUGCAUUUGGUGGCACAGUGCUUUCCCUCGUUCUGCAAAAUUAUCCCCCUAUACCAUGUUAUCCUGAGAUCAUUAUUGUUACAAAAAGUGCUUUCUUAUAUUUCCCAAUUUAUUUCAAAUUAUUUCUCGAGUGAAUUUUUUAUGCUUGUUCGUACUUGGGUAUACAUUUUUCUGGGUACAGAGGCCAACAUAUUUGGGGAUUUCAUGCCUUUCGUGGUAAGAGCCCCCAUGACCACAGGAUGUGCGACUCUUCAGUUGUGCAAUCUUCCUUGAGCCAAAGUGAUUCUACCUCCAAUUUUUUCCGUCCUGGCUUGCUUAACGUUGGUUCAGAAGCUCAGAUAGAUCUCGUUAAUGAACUUAGGUGCAAUGACCCUCCAUUAGAGGUGAAUAGUAUUAUUGAUGAGGCUAAAAUUUUUGGAUCAAGCAUUAAAAGCAACAAUUCUUUUCCUUACAGAAUCCAACUAGAACAUGAUGUGCAAAGAUUGCAACAACGGUUGCAAGAAGAGAUGGAAAUGCAUGCUAUUCUGGAAGAUGCUAUCGGAAAAAAUGCUGUAAAAUUAUCUUGCCUGCCACACCAUGCUCAAGAUCUUCUAUCCGCUAUAGCAAUACUGGAAAUCACAGUUUUAAAACUUGAGAAAGAAAUUGUCUCUUUGCAUUUCCAACUUAGUCAAGAGAGAAAUGAGCGGAGGCUUGCUGAAUAUCGUUUGAGACAUUCAGCUUCUCAGUCGAUAUCUGUUUGCUCCUCUACAAAUGUGAAAGCAGUGAUUUCAUCUUCUUUGAGGCAUCCGAAGCAUUUCAAUUGUGCAGUGCAUGUGCAUCACUAUGCUAAGAUCCCAUGUGAAGAUCAACCUUCAGAAUCUGUCAGUGAAACAUCUUGUACCGAGUCAAUGAUGGAGCAUGUGGUGAAGUCAUCUGCACUUUUGCAUGAGAUUAUAUCUGUGAAGAUGGAUACUGAACCUACUCAACCUGUAGAGCUCGCAAAGCUUUCAAAAGGAAUGCCAUCUAAGGGCCUUUGGAAUUACCCUAAUCAACUCUCAGAGGAAAUGGUAAGAUGUAUGCAAAAUAUAUUUAUGUCUCUGGCAGAUUCUACUUUGCCAUCCAAGUCAUCUGCAAUGGAAAGCCAAUCCUCACCUGUGUCACCACGAGGACAAUUUUCCAAAUUAUCAUGGAGGUCAUCAUCUGAGCGCUCGGUGAUUUCAUCAUGGGUGCAGAGCCCUCAAGUUGAUAUGCAGGGUAACUCUGAAGUGUUAGCCUCAGAGAAUGUCUUUGAUCCCUACAGAGUGCAUGGAAAGGUGAGCUGGGCAGACAUUGGAAACUAUGUUUUGGCAACUGAAGUGUCUUGGAUGUCAGUUGGGAAGAAGCAAUUAGAAUAUGCCUCAGGUGCAUUAAGGAGAUUCAGGACUCUUGUUGAACAACUGGCCAAAGUGAACCCUAUCCACUUGACAUGCAAUGAGAAGCUUGCCUUUUGGAUCAAUUUGUACAACGCACUGAUAAUGCAUGCAUACUUGGCAUAUGGAGUUCCAGGAAGUGAAUUGAAGCUCUUCUCAUUGAUCCAAAAGGCUGCAUACACUGUUGGGGGGCAUUCUUUUAAUGCAGCUGCCAUUGAGUAUGUAAUAUUGAAGAUGAAACCACCUCUCCAUAGGCCGCAAAUCGCUCUGCUUCUUGCCCUUCACAAGCUGAAGAUAUCAGAGGAACAACGAAAGUCUGCAAUAGAUGCACAUGAACCACUUGUGGCAUUUGCUCUAAGCUGUGGAAUGUACUCAUCCCCUGCGGUAAGAGUCUACACUGCUAAGAAUGUAAGGGAGGAGCUUCAAGAAGCCCAGCAUGAUUUCAUAAGAGCUUCAGUUGGAGUUAGCAACAAAGGGAAGUUACUGGUGCCAAAAAUGCUACAUUGUUUUGCCAAAGGCUUGGUUGAUGACUCAAAUUUGGCUGUUUGGAUUUCACGUUACCUUCCGUCCAAUCAGGCUGUCUUGGUUGAGCAAUGCAUUUCACAGAGGCGACAAAACCUACUUGGUUCUCGCAAUUGUGGCAUACUUCCAUUUGAUUCUCGUUUCCGCUACCUAUUCAUGCCCGGAAAGAUUUCAGUUUCAUGAUGCGCGUUUAUACUUUGAUGCAACGUGACUUGACUGGAUCUGGACAGCUCAGUUCAAAUUUCAUGAUCUUAGGUGCGGGUUUAGCCUCCCUGAAAAUGAUAAGGAUGGUGGCAGUUUUGAUCUUUUGCCUAUAGACGUGACCUGUUGUGCUGUAUAUUUUGUUGUUGGAUAAUGUUUGCAGCUCAUUUAUUGUUAUGCAGAAUUGUAGAUGUUAAAUAAAAACUUUGCAGUAAUUUGCUUUGCCCAAACAUAUAUAGCAAAGAGGUUGUUGUUGCUAUUAAUCUUGAAAUCGAGCUUGAAGUUGCUGUUCUAAAUUAUUUACAUUUGAAUGUAUGGAUUGCUUUUCAUCUCGCAAA